AUGUGGGGACACAGGGUGGUGAUUCCGGAAAGCUGUAGGGCUAAGGUGUUGGAAGUGAUCCAUGAACCUCACAUUGAUAUCGUGAAGUCGAAAGCGAUAGCGCGCAGCUACGUGUGGUGGGCCGGUAUCGACGAGGCAGUGGAGACAACGUGCCGCGCGUGCGCCAUAUGCGCGGCGCACGCCGACCAGCCUGCAGAACACACGCCGCGUGUUUGGCCGUGGCCAGUGCGAACGUGGUCUAGGGUACACCUAGACUUUUUAGGGCCCAUCGGCGGUAAGACGUACCUAGUAGUGGUAGACGCUACUUCGAAGUGGUUAGAAAUUUUUAACGUUCCAAGUACGGCUGCCGGGUCCACUAUUAACAAAUUAAGUGAACUAUGGGGCAGAAUGGGUUUGCCUAAGCUUGUUGUCACGGAUAAUGGGCCACCGUUCACUAGUUUAGAAUUUCAAAUAUUCUUAAAGGAAGACGGGAUUGAACAUGUGUUUACGGCCCCCUAUCACCUUUCGUCUAACGGGGCGGCUGAAAAUGCGGUUAAGACGUUGAAAAAGGUAAUAAAGAAAGCAACAUCAGAAGGUGAAAGCGUAAAUAGGUCCUUAGACACGUUUUUACUUUAUUACCGCAAUACCGAACAUUCAUCUACCGGAGAGAGUCCCGCUAUGUUGCUAUUAGGCAUCUACGCACGCGCCUGGAUGCUUUGA